UGUUGCUUUGCUGGCUGGCGGGACCGAAACGCUGUGUUGAAGUAGCCGUGAGGUCACAGUUGCAAUGCGAAAGACUAGCGCCGUACCGCUCCCCUGGGACAAAGGUGACAUCUGACUUGGCCGUACCCAGUAUAGCAUGCAUCAGGCAGCUUCCACUGAAACAAGACUCACUGUACUUCACAAUGAGUGGAUGAUAUGACUUGACCUAGCGAGCUGUACGCGCCUGCUUUCAUUAAGACCUGAUGCCAAGGGAGACUUUGUCUUAAAAAAAAAGAGAUGUUUAUGUAAUUGUGGGAAAGAUUUGUGUCAGGCGUGUUGGUCGGUAUUUCUUUGAGAGAAUGCUGGUGGGAGCACCAUGUGCACCCGCGGUCAGAUCAUUGCCAGUCUCUUCGUGCUCUCUGCUCUGGAAAUAGGUUUCGGCAUCACCAGCGUGGCUUUGGGUGCAGUCAGCAUCGGGAGGAGCCGUGCUCAGGAACUCCACCUCGGGGACUCCUCACCGGUAUGGAGCGGGGUCUGUUUUUUAAUCUGUGGAGUAUGUGGAAUUGUCUGUGCCAAAAAGAAGUCGGGUCGCAUAAUGAUAUUAUUUUCUGCCUGUUGUAUCUGUGGACUGAUCGGAGGAAUAUUAAAUUUUCAGUUUCUGCGGGCACUAGCGAAAAGGACAGAAAUCUCUUACCCCAGACAUGUUGCUUCCAUGUCAAUGGCAUGCUUGGGCAUUGCAGGCUGCACUCUCUCUGCCUGGCUCACUUGUCGCCUGGCCAGCAACGAGCAGCAGAGGAUGUUCCUGGAAAGAGAUCACUCGUUGCAUCACUCCCACGAAAUGACAGACAAAGUGCAGGAGAUUACAGAUAACAUAAGCAAUGGAAUACCACAAAUUAUGCAGAAUGGCAGACCAACAUGAUGAAAAGAAUACUUCACAGAAAUAAAACUUUUACUGCAAGUUAACUCUGCAUGACGAAUGUGAUAUUUUUACAUAGCCCAUAAUUAUUAAUACCAAAGUCUGGAGUUCAGGUUUCUGUAAGCAAACCACUACCAGGUGCCAGAAACAGCAGAGUGGCACUACAAUCUCAAGGAAGCUUCAAAGAAAUACUCAGCUCUGAGUUUACAAGAAGAUUUAAAAGAGAUUCAAGAGGUUCAGGUGUAUCGCUUUAAGGAAUGUUUUGUGAGAAAUCAAAGGCUAGAAUUUUAAGAAACAUCACUCAACAGACUUUCCAAGAAGCAUGCAAAAGAAGCUAUUCAGCUUUCAAAGAAAGCACGAAAAGUUAUUGAUAUUCAAAAGCAAAUUUUCAUGGAAUGCCAACAAUACUAAAACAAAUUCAAUCUCCAAGUUACUGUAUCUAUGCUAAAUGCACUACUAUAUAUAUAUACACUAUGGGUGAAAGAUGGACAAUAUAAUGACUAUUUGUUGUUGAAUUCUAUAUUUAAAAUUUAUGAAUCACUAUUUUUCUAUAAAUGUUAUUAUGACUUCAUAACAAAUAACACAGUAAAUAAGCAUAGCUUCAUCAGUCUGCACUUGGGUUUCUUAAACAUAUUUCUUCUUCUCCCACAGCAAAACAUUUGUCCUGCCUUGAUUGAGAAAAGUUAAAAUAAUGGUAAUGAGGAUAUUAUCAUAGAUGUAGGAUUUGUUAUGCCACAAUAUUUUCUCUUGUGACCUCAGUUUGCUGUUGUAUGUAAACUGCUUUUGGUUGGGCACACAUUACAAUGUACUCUUGAUGCAGAUAAUACUGAAAAAUGAUUUCUGAUUGCAAAUCUACAAUGAUUAAACAUUUACUUUUGGCAAAAAGAACAUGAAGCAGUGGGACUAGUUUGAGAAUAAAGUCUUUUACUCCAAAUGCAAUGAAUAGCAGUGUAGUUUUAGUUUCUAGGAGGAGCUGGAAAAAUAUUUCCUCAACAAUAUGAUGAAUAUUGGUACUGCAUUCAAAAUACCAUCCAUUAAUCUUCUGAUGAAUAUUAAUAAAUAUUAGUACAUUUAUUAAAAUAUGUUGCUUGUUGUUUCAGUCAAUAAAUGCUCUGU